AUUGUUUAGGUUGUGCUUGUGCCGUGCGUUCUGCGUUGCGUCGAGUCACAGUUUUCGAGUAAAUUCUUUUAAUCGGUUAUGUUUGGGGUAGAGCCUCUAAUUGAAGUGCUAUCUCAGCCGCCGUGGGAUAAUCUUUGGCUGCUUCUGUUCUGCAGUUUGAUCGACGGCAUAGCACCAGCGGUGUUGAUGUUUUGGGUCUAACCUCUGCAUAAUUUUAUGUGAACAUGGAGGGCGACGAACUCGGUAAUGAGCUUGUCCGAUUAGAUGGAGGCUUCUUGGUUGAUGAGGAGACUUACGUUGUUAAUUCAGACGAUGUACUCGAUCAAGAAGAGAAUAAUUCUGACUCUUGCAUGGGCAAACAUGCACCACUUAGGGAGCAGGACAGAUUUCUACCCAUAGCCAACAUUGCCAAGAUUAUGAAGAGGGCCAUUCCGGAAAAUGGAAAGAUAGCUAAAGAUGCCCGGGAAUGUGUUCAAGAAUGCAUCUCCGAGUUCAUUUCAUUUGUCACUAGUGAGGCCAGUGACCGGUGCCAGGUUGAGAAGAGGAAGACCAUCAAUGGAGAAGAUGUCCUGUUUGCUAUGAAUACACUGGGCUUUGACAACUAUGUGGAACCGUUGAAACUCUAUUUGAAGAAAUAUAGAGAGAUUGUACUGUCUCCUGUAACAAUUCAGAAAAUUAACAAAACAAUAGUACUGUAUGAAGAUGGAAUACCGGACCAGGCCGAGAACGACAAUGAAACACAGACUGAGACCACAGUGAUAUACACGUCAUACCCUAAGGGAAUGGACGAGUUCACACUUGGAUGAGAU